CCGAACGCUCCAGCGCUCAAAAACACACUCUAAAAUACAAAUAAAAAUCCACAAUAAUACAUAUAUAUAUAUGAACCCUAAGUGCGUGAGUGAACUUUUUUUCCUGUGUACGUGUGCGUGUGUUUGCCAGCUGCCAUGAAAGUGUGCAAUAAAUAGAAACUUGGGAAUUCCAACUUUUACGAAAAACUAGAACUUCAACAAAAUCACAUAGUAAAGUGCAAGAUACCGUCGGCAAAAAUGCAGGCCACCAAAAUGCGAACGCCCUUCGCCAUUCAGGAGAUUCUGGGACUGGGCGCCUAUCAGCAGCAGAAUAAUAAUGCCAGUGCCACGCCCGCAGAGGCGCCGCCCUCGCCGGCAGCCACGCCCCCGCCCGCCGCGAGUACGCCCGCCCAUGGCUCGAUAUCGGCCGGACAGCAACAGCAGCAACAGCAACAACAACAGCAACUGCAGCAACAGCAACAGCAGGUUAUAGACGGCUUGAGGGACUCCCGGUCCAUAUCGCCCGACGUAUCCAGAUUAUCGGCGGCUGCAGCGGCAGCGGCGGCAGCAGCCGCCCACUGCCAACUGCCCGUCUUCAAUCCGGCCAACUUCUACGCUGCCGCCGGAUAUGCCGCUGCAGCGGAUCCGGGUAACGCGGCGGCCGCCCACCAUCACCACAUGACCACGUUGGCGGCGGCCGCCUAUCUCCGGGGAUUCCUGCCGCCCGGAUUUAGUACGCCCCACGAAUUCCGGGGGCACUUCCAGCAGCACUUCGGAGCCCAGUUUGCAGAACAAGCUGCCGCACGUGGUCAGGAGUAUGCCAGCAGUUUGGCCAAUGUUAGUGGUGAUGAGCAGUCGCCCAGUAAGAAUAGCAGUUCAUCGGGCAACGGAUCAGGAGGGUCGGGAUCUGGUUCCGGAGGAUCCGGAUCGGGAUCGGGAUCGGCGGCUAACCAGCUCUCCAACGGACUGGGACAUCUGGGCUCGCCCACGACCAGUAAUGGUGGAUCUGGUGGCGGAACCGGACCAGGUGGAGCUUCUGGAACUGCCGGGAGCAGCUCCUCCACCUCCGCCGGCAACUCGGCCGGAAACUCCGGCAACCGCUCCUCGCCCGCCGGUUCGCAUCACUCGGCCGCUCUGGCCGCCCACCAACAUGCAGCGGCUGCUGCGGCCGCCGCUCAUCAUCAUGCCGCUGCCGCCGCCGCCGCCCAUCAUGCACACCACGCCCACGCCCAGGCGCACGCCCAUGCCCACGGCCAUGCCCAUGUCCACGCCCAUGCCGCCCACGCCGCACAUGCCGCCCACGCCCAUCACGCCGAGGCGUUUCUGGGUGCGGCCGGAGGAGCUGGCGGCAAUCCCAACAGUCUGCUGGCCGCCCACGGUGGGGAUGUCCUGGUGGGUCCUGGCGGCACGGGUCCCGGGGGCAAGAAGAAGAACAAGCGGCGGCACGGCAGGACGAUCUUCACCAGCAGCCAGCUGGAGGAGCUGGAGAAGGCCUUCAAGGAGGCCCACUAUCCGGACGUGAGUGCCCGGGAGCUGCUGUCCAUGAAAACUGGCCUGGCCGAGGAUCGCAUUCAGGUCUGGUACCAGAACCGUCGGGCCAAGUGGCGCAAAACGGAGAAGUGCUGGGGCCACAGCACCAAAAUGGCGGAGUACGGACUCUACGGGGCGAUGGUGCGGCACUCGCUGCCCCUGCCGGAGACCAUCAUCAAGUCGGCCAAGGAGGACGAGUCGGUGGCCCCCUGGCUGCUGGGCAUGCACAAGAAGUCCCUGGAGGCCGCCGAGCUGCUGAAGAGCGAUGAGAGCGAUCGGGAGACGCCGACCUCCGACGACACGAACACCAGCUACUCCGCGGGCAGCACCCACAACUCACCGAUCUCCAGCUUCUCGAUCUCCCGGCUGCUCUUCGAUGCCCCACCGCCGGCGGCGGGUUCCGCAGGGGGCAAGGGGCACCACCACCACCACCACAAGGCGCACCACCACGCCCACGUUCACGCCCAGGCGCAGGCGCACGCCCACAUGCUGCUGCACCACCAGCAGCAGCACCACUUGCACGGAGAGGCCGCCUCCUUGCAGCAGCAUCCGGGCUCCGGUCCGGGAUCGGGAUCGGCAGCAGGCUCUGGGGCAGGAGCGGCCGGGCCACCCGCCCACCAUCCCUACAAUCAGCAGCAACACCUGCACCACCUGCAGCAACUGCAGCAGCAGCAACAGCAACAGCAGCACCACCACCACCACCAGCACCACCAGGUGCACCACAUGCACCACCACAAUGCAGCGGGCUACGAGGCGGCAGUGGCUGCCGCAGCAGCAGCAGCAGCCGUUGCCGCAGCAGCAAAUGCACGGAACGCAGCAGCCGCCGCCGCAGUGGCAGUGGCCUCCGCAUCCGCAUCUGCAUCGGCAUCGGCAUCCGCAUCCUCGGCCGUGACCAUCGCCGAGUCCGAGGCGGAGGAGGAGCAGGACGACAUCGAGGACAUGGAGCUGGACAAGGACUGCGAGGUGGAGGAGGAGGUGGAGCCCGUGGACAACGACAACGAGAACGAGAACGACAACGACAACGAAGGAGACCCGGACGCAGAUCCGGAAAUAGACAUUUGCGACGACCACGACGAGGAGGUGCGUCUGCAGGAGCAGCUCCUGUUGAAAGUCAAGCAGGAACAGGCCCACCACGGACCCAGAUGAAACAUGUACAUCGAUGUGUUGUUCUAAGGACAACGAUAAAUAUACAGGCUAAAUGCAAUGAAUAUUUUCUAGGCAUAAAUCAGAUGUUUACACUGGGUUGUGCUCAAACCAUUUGCUGUCCCUGCACAUAAAUACGCAGCCCAGUGUGAAAGUCGUAUAAACUAAAGGCAUUACAUUCAUAACUAAAAAGAAACAAAAACCUAUAAUUAAAGCCAGCAACACAUUUUUUUUCAUACACCUAAGGAGCACACGUAAUUAAUCUAUAUAUAAUAACAUAUAAUCUCUCAUUUUUUUUAGUGUAAAUAUUACAUAUUAUAAAUAUAAAAAAGCAACAACACAAGACAUUAGCGAGUAAGAAAAGCUGCAACGAUUUGCAACAUUUUUAAAAUAUGCUAAAUGUGAUUUAAUUUAGUUGUCCAUUCUGAACAAGGCUUUUUAUGGUUUAAGACUUUUUUUUUGCCUAUUAAAUUUAGUAAUUUUUUUUUUAUAUUCUACUUCCCUUUCUGUAAAAAAUGUACAUACCAAAUCCAAUUUCAAUCAAUUCAAUAAAAAUAUGUCACGACCCAAAAUAUAACACCCAAUCCACUGCCUCUCAUCGUUUUCCUCUUAUUUUUUAUUUUUUUAAUUAAAAUUUUGUAAAACAAGAACAAAACAUACAUAAGUAACUGCGAAUUGUGUAAUUAAUUAAACAAAUAAGAAAACAAA